AUGGCUCUCAGUAGGGUAGACGGUUUAUCUUUGUGCAGGACUGUAUUAGCAUUGGCGGUCCUCGACGUCACCAACAAGAACCAGGAUGCCUUGAUCUCCGUUCUGUUCAAUGCCCGUCGCAGUCUCGUCCGGUCAGAAGAACUCACUUUCCGUGGGUGCCGCAGCUCGAGCAGGAGCACGAAGCGCCGCAGGUGCAGUUGUCGCCACACAUCUUGA